AUGGCGACAAGGUACUGGGUAGUUUCUCUCUCCGUUCAAAACUCCGCAACUUCUCUGUGGAGUCGAUUGCAAGAAUCCAUCUCAAAGAACGCCUUCGAUACUCCUCUACAUCGGUUUAAUAUUCCAAAUCUCCGUGUGGGAACACUAGAUUCGCUUUUAGCACUCAGUGAUGACCUUGUGAAGUCGAAUAGUUUCAUUGAAGGAGUGUCACAGAAGAUACGCCGUCAGAUCGAAGAAUUGGAGAGGGUUUCUGGUGUGGUCAGUAGUUCAUUGACAGUCGAUGGGGCUCCUGUUGAUUCAUACCUCACCAGAUUUGUGUGGGAUGAGGCGAAGUUCCCAACAAUGUCGCCUCUUAGAGAGACUGUGGAUGGGAUUCAUGUAUCAAUAGCCAAGAUAGAGGAUGAUCUUAAGGUAUUAUUGGUUCUUCUAUGUUAA